AUGUCUACAACACCUUCUGACCUCAUGCAGCCCCAGAUCAUCAUCACACCACCACCUCCAGCUUCACUCUCAGACUUCAGACUGGUUCUAGUUGGGAAAACUGGAUCAGGGAAGAGCUCCAGUGGAAACACCAUACUGGGAAGAGACGCCUUCAGUGCAGCCAUCAGCCAGUCCUCAGUCACCAGACAGUGCCGGAAGCAGACUGGAGAGGUAUUUAGCAGGGAGGUGUCCAUGGUCGACACCCCCGGCUUUUUCGACACCUCCAUCCCUGAGCCCGCCCUGAAGAGGGAGAUCUCCAAGUGCAUCAACAUGUCGGCCCCGGGGCCCCACGCCAUCCUGCUGGUAAUCAAGGUGGGGCCCUUCUCUGCAGAGGAAAGAGACGCCGUCAAGAAGGUGGAGGAGAUCUUUGGAGAGGAUGCCUGGAGGUACACCAUGGUCCUGUUCACCCAGGACAACCCAACUGCAGCAGACAUCCAGGGACAGCUUCAGGAGGUGGGAUCUGAGCUGCAGGAGAUCCUGAAGAAGGCCGGAAACAGGUACCACGUCUUCAACAACCUGAAGGCCAACGAACGCACUCAGGUCCUGGGUUUGCUGAAGAAGGUGGAGGAGAUGGUGGCUGCUAAUGGAGGACAGUUUUACUCCAACUACACCUACCAGCAGGUGGUCGAGAUGUUGAAUCAGAGAGAGUCGCAGCUCAGAGAGUUCUACCAGAAGAAGCUGGAGGACGAAAUCAAAGCUGUGGAGUCCAAGUACAAGAAGCUUCUGAGUGAUGCAAAACAGGAGCGGCAGCAGGUGGAGGGAGAGCUGCAGGUGGUGGUGCAGGAGCUGGGGCGGUUCUACCAGGUGAUGCAGAAUCAAGUCCGGCAGGUCGUGGAGCAGAUGGUGGAGACUGACUCCAUAGAAAACAUCUCCAAGUUUCAUCAGACCCUCAGACUGAUUUCCUAA